AUGGCGGUGGUGCCAGACCCGCCGAGGGUGGCCUACGUCGUCUCGGGCGAUCUUGUGCACUACGCAGACCUGCUGCCUUCCAACAAGGGCCGCUCGUCGCACGUUCACUCGCUUGUCCACCACCUCGACCUGCUCGACCUUUCUACGCUGGAUGAUGGCAGCGACGAUGCUGACGACGACAACCUCAAGCGCGGGAAACCGGCCGGCUCAUCGGAGCGCGAACGCUUCCUCGCGGCCAUAAGCGCCGAUGAGAGCGCGGCGUCUCCGCCAAAGUCGGAUCGCAGAAGGGCGGCGGUCUACCUUCCGCUCCCCGCCACACGUCAGCAGCUCACCACCUUUCACGGUGAGCCGUUCGUCGACCACCUCACUCGAGGCAAGUCUGCUCAAGCACAAGACUCGAAGCCGCCCCGGAAGCGUCAAAGAACAGCCAACGAUGCCGGAACCUCCGAAUCGGACCCAAACUCGGACUCGGAUUCGGACGUGUCCCGAACCAGCCACGGCAAGCGCACUGCGUCGGUCAAGAACCAGUUUGGGCUUCAAGACGACUGCCCAACCUUUGACGGCCUGGAGAAACACGUCUCGCUCAUUGCAGGUGCCUCGAUCACUGCAGCGGAGCUGCUUGCCACGGGUCAAGCCGACAUCGCCAUCGCCUGGGACGGCGGCCGGCACCACGCCAAGAAACACGCCGCCUCGGGGUUCUGCUACAUCAACGACGCCGUGCUCGCCAUCCUUGCGCUGCGCAAGCCGCGCAAAGUGACCGUCACCACCACCGUCCCGCGCGAAGCGGGCGAUGAGGCCACGGUGCGCAAGACGACGAUCAAGCGCGUGCAGCGCGUGCUCUACCUCGACCUCGACCUGCACUGGGGCGAUGGCGUGGAGGAAGCGUUCCACACGAGCGCCAGCGUGCUUACGCUCAGCAUCCACCACUAUGCACCAGGCUUCUUUCCGUGCUACACCGCAUCGUCGGAUUCUCGCUACGGUGCACCAGGUUCGCUCGGUGCAGACCCGGGUGCAGCGGAUACCACGAUCAACAUCCCGCUGGCCAUGGGCACGUCGGAUGCAAGUCUGGAGCGCGUCAUGGAAGCGACUGUUCAGCCGGUGGUUGAGGCAUGGCAGCCCGAAAUGGUGGUCGUGCAGUGUGGCGUCGACGGACUAGCGGCUGAUCCAAUGGCAGUGUGGAAUCUCUCCGCCGCUGCAUAUGUAGCUGCGAUCCAAAGGGUGCUGGGGUGGAAAAGACCCACGCUGCUGCUGGGUGGGGGUGGAUAUGAUACGGCCAAUGCUGCACGAUGCUGGAGUUUGAUCACCGCUGCAGCAUUGGGAAGGUACGAGGAUACAACCAAGCGACGUGCUGCAGCGCCCAGCUUUGAACCGCACACACUCGUAGACAGAGAGAGCGUAGAAGCAAAGCCGGAGGACAAUGUGCAAACGCAGAGUAUCUCGCUCGAAACGGGUGUGCCCGACCACGCUUUUUGGCCAGCCUACGCCCCACAUUAUACACUCAAUGUCCCAGCGGGCGAGAUGAUCGACCACAACCCACCAGCGUACUUUGACGAGAUUCACGUAUCCCUCGCCGCGCGGAUCGAGUCGUUCACCAAAUCAUCCUGA